GUAUAAUGUUUGUAUCCGUGGAGAAGAAAGACAUGUAUUUUCAAAUAGGAGUUUAAAGCAAAAGAAACAGUUAAAAGUGACUCAGUACUGCUAUCAGCUGCGACAAAUAAACAGCACCAAAAAUUAGAAUACUUCAAAUGAUAGUAUAUCUUAUAUGGAAGGUUGAUGGAAUUGAAAAUGCUGUAAACACUGUGAAAGAAGCAGCUGCAUUGCCACUACCACAAUUUUCCAAUUUAAAUAAGUCAAGAGUCAACACAGUUUUUGUCUGAGGUGAUCCAUGUUCCACUGGUAUGUUGUGAGUUUCAUCCACCAUGACCUCAGACAGCAGUGUGUGUUUGGUGCAGGCUGUCUACUCUUUCAAAGGCAAGAACAAUGAUGAGCUUUGCUUCAAGAAAGGGGACAUUAUAACAGUCACCCAGAGAGAGGAAGGAGGAUGGUGGGAAGGAACACUAGGGGAGAAGACUGGCUGGUUUCCUUCCAAUUAUGUGAAGGAGUACACUCCCUUAGAGUGUGGUGCUUCAGGAACUACGAAGAUCUCACCAGUGAAACUCCCUCCAGAUAUUGCAGCACAGCAGAAAGCAUACAGAAAUCUGGUUUUGAAGGACCUUAUUGAAUCUGAGAAAGCCCAUGUAGCAGAGCUGCAGACUUUGUUGAAAAACUUCCUCAGUCCCCUGGAGAAGUCGGACAUACUCUCCAGGGAUGAAUAUCGCCAGUUAGUCAGCAACAUAGUUACUGUUGUUGAAACACAUCAGCAGCUUCUGGCAGCAUUGGAGGAAUGCAGUCAGCGUCCACCACAGGAGCAACGCGUGGGAAAAAUUUUCCUCACAUCUGCACCUAGACUGAAACAAGUGCAUCAUGUUUAUUGCUCCUCUCAUCCGAGGGCUGUGUGCAUCCUUGACAAAUACAGGGACCAGUUAAAUUCAUUCAUGGAGUCUCAUGGUGCAGUAAGUCCCGGUAUUCUUGUCUUGACAACAGGCUUGAGCAAACCAUUUAGACGUCUCGAAAAGUAUUCCGGUAUGUUACAAGAACUGGAACGACAUGUGGAAGAAAGUCAUCCUGACAGAGGGGAUACACAGCGUUCUGUUAGUGUGUACAAAGAUAUAGCAGGAAAACUGCCAUUGACUGGGAUAAAUGUUAAUAAACUUGAUGAUACAGAUACAUAUAAAAAUGCUUUUGAAAUUUCAGGUCCAAUGAUUGAGCGAAUAGUAGCUGUCUGUCAGACAAGAGAUGAUCAGACACAAUGGGUGGAUCAUUUAAAGCAACAGAUUCGGAAAGUUACAAAAUCAUCGGUUUCAUCACCACCUCCAACAUCACCACCUCCCAGCAAGCCACAACCAUUACCACCUCCCCAUAAGAGUGCUCUGACAGGUCCGUUAUCGCCAAGAGUCAGCACACCACAAACAAACGCAAAGCUGGUGUUCCGCCCAGCUAACAACAAGGGAUGGAGCAUGUCUUGUCUUCGGCCUUCCCCUCCCAUUCGUCCAUGUUUAGGUCUUGGUCGCGAUGACAGCAGCAAGAAGCCUGCUCACAACACCAGAAAACACAGUGAGAAGACUUUUGAGGAGGAUGCAUUAAUACUUCGAGUGAUUGAGGCAUAUUGUAUGAGUGCAAAAACACGUUACACUGUAAAUUCAGCAGCAUUAAUGGAUAAUCCACAACUGCUGAUUGCAGAAGAAGAAAAAAUUAUAAUUGAAGAAACAGAAGGAAACCAGACAAUUGUGGAGGAAAAGAGCUUGGUUGACACUGUUUACGCCCUUAAAGAUCAGGUGAAAGAUCUCCAGGCUGAUAUUGCUAGAAUUUCGGCAAGACUUGAAGAGGAAUCCAAAGCUAGGGCUACCUUUCAAAAAUUAGUAUGUUCCAACUUGCUGUCUGCUGGUUUGAAGUGGGAAGAAAGCUGAUUUUUUCUUACUUAAUGGACUACAUGCAGAGAUAUGCAGUUUGUGUUUGUGUGUGCAAAUUUUUAUGAAUGAAUACCCAGUGAUUUGUAUUUUGUAUUAUCAUUUUCAAUAAACAAGUCUAUAAAAAGAGA